AUGAUUGUGAGAAAUAUUCAUUCUUUAAAAUAAGCUGAUUUGUCAAAAAUAUUUUCACUCACUUAUCACCACUCAUGGGUUGUAUUACAUAGCGCUGACAUAGUUUCAAUAAUAAAAUAAAAGAUAGAGCAAAAUACUUAGCUUUAAUCUUUGGAAAUUAAAUUAGAAUAACUUAGCAUUCUUGAAGAAGGAUCUUAAUAGAUUUUGCAAGCUAUUUCAUAAUGCCAAAAUCUUAAAAGCCUAAAACUUAAUUUUUUCAUGUGCUAGAUCGGAAAAUUAGGAAUAUAGUAAGCAGGAGAAUGCAUAGCUAAAUUACAAAAACUAGAAAAUCUCUAUUUGGAUUUCGGAUUUAAUAAUCUGUAUCCAGAUGAUGUUAUCAAAUUUGCUUAAAAUCUUUCAUUUUUAGCCAAAUUAAAGGAAUUGAGUUUACGAUUACAAAUGAACUAAGUAGAAUAUAGUGGGGCUAAAUCGUUAUCAUUAGUAAUAUCUCAACUAUAAAACUUAACAAAAAUAUAAAUUGAUAUUUAUUCUGCAAAUUUAAAUUCUAACGGAGCUCACAUACUUGUUUAAGGAAUUAGAUAAUGUAUCAACUUAACUGAAAUAAAGUUAGAUUUAAGAAAAAAUAGUAUUUGUGAAUAAGGGGCAUAGUUAAUAGGAUAAGAGCUUUCCUAAUGUAGUUAAUUAACCAAACUAAGUCUAGAUUUAUCUGAAAACAUGAUUAAUGAAAAUGGGAGUGAGCAGCUCGGUAUACAACUUUUAAAAUGCAUUAAGAUUCAUUCCCUCCACCUUAAUUUAAUAUAAAAUAAAAUUGGCAUAAAGGGUGCAGUUAAGUUAAGCAAAUAAUUGGGUUAGAUGCAUAACAUUAAAGAGCUAUCUUUAAAUCUAUUUUAAAAAGAAGUGGAUAGAGAUGUUAACUUAGUAUUUGAAGUACUUGCUCAAAAUAUUAAUUUAAAGAGUUUAAAAAUAAUUUUAAUCAAAAAUAAAAUUUCAGAUGAAGGUCUUUCUUUAAUUAGUAAAGAGUUAACUAAAUUACCUCAGCUAUCACAUUUUUAUAUUGAUUUAUCAAUUAAUAAGCUAGAAAAUUAAGGAAUAUCUGAUUUAGGUAAACAAAUUGUAAAUUUGAAGAAGAUGGUUUCCCUAACUCUUAUUUUUACCUAAAAUAAAUUACAAGACUUAGGAAUUUAAGUACUAAGCUAAGGUAUAAAAGAACUUUAAGAAUUAACAUAUAUGAAUUUAGGUCUUGAGUCAAAUUAUAUUGAGCAAGGUAUUUUAUUUUUAUUUGGAAAUAUUAGUCAGUGUUUCAGUCUCGCUAAUUUUUCUUUGAACUUGUGUAAUAAUAGAAUUUCAAAGGAUUUUAUGAGUAAUACAUUAAACAUUUUCUUGAAAAACAGCUAAAAUCUUAAAUGCUUAAGUCUUAAUUUAAUAUUGAAUUAAAAUGUAAAUGUAGUUACCAUUGACUAAAUUAAAUUUAAAUGCUAUUAAAAAUUGACCAAAUUGGUUUUAAUGACAUAGCAAAGUUCAUUAUUUUAUUGA